AUGUCUAUUGAGACUGAUUAUGGUGUAGUAAAUAAAAAACAGACGGUUACUAGGCGGAAGAGACGAGAAAUUAGAGAAAACCCUAAGGUAUUCCAGAGAAAAGUAUUUCAUAAAGUUAUUUAUGAUUUCCGAUGUGUUACCGCGGUUCAUGUAAGCGAUUCAAAACCUAAUGCCGAAACAGACGAUAAUAAAGUCAUUCACCGGUCGCUAAAUGUGUUUAUAUCACCUGCGAAUGAAUCGGCUCACGCGGUUAAUACAGAUUUGAAGGAAUCUAAGCAACAUUUUCCCAAUACUGAGCUCAAAUCAACGGAAUAUUCAAGUGUAAAAGAGCUCAAAUUAAAGGAAUACUCAAGUGUCAAAGAGCUCAAAUCAAAGGAAUACUCAAGUGUCAAAGAGCUCAAAUCAAAGGAAUAUUCAAGUGUAAAAGAAGAAGAUCGUGAUCCCGUUCCUGCACUGCAUAACGUCGAUGCUGAUUUGGAAUUAGAGAAUUAUAAUAAAAUGCCUCAAGAAGUGACCAAUUCCUCGAGUGGCGAUAAACCUUCUAUUCCAACAGAUUGUGGUAGAAGGAAACGUGGACGAAGAAAGGGAUCAAAAUUUUCCAAAGAAACAGCGUGUUUUCUAAGAGGACAAAAAAAUUACCAGCCAGACAAGAAUAAUCUAGGAAAUGUAAAAUUUGAGGAUACAAAUAAAAAUAGUAAGAAUAAUACCAAGGAAAGCAGUACAGAAAACGAAGUGUCUACAGAACAUUCGCCUACAGUCGUAGAACGUCCUCAGAAAGCUACCUUAAAAUCGAAGAAGAAGAAAAGAAACCAGCCGAAUUUUAUAAAAUCCAAGUACAAGAGUAUGGUUGACAUUGAAGGUUCAUCAAAAACUGGUUCUGCUGAAAAGAAAGAAGCUAGCAGUCAAGAGAAGACUACUAAAGUUUACACUCCCUUACAGUUGUUCCUUACAUUAAAGACGAGCAGUGCUGACUUAUAUUCCGAGUUCCUGCCAUACAUUCUCAGUGAUGAACAACUGCAGAAAUAUGGAUUUCCUCUUGAUUCUCCAAAUCUCUCUGGAGGAAAUACUGUAUACCAAAAAGGUACAGGAAGAGACCCUACGGAGCGAUGCUGUGUUCGAUGUGGAGCCACUUUCUUCAUUUUGGAUGAUGGAACUUAUGAGUCGGAAGCACCAUGCCAUUUUCAUACUAAAAAAUUAACGUCUUCCAAUGGUGUUCCAGCAGCUGGUGCAUAUCAGUGCUGCAAUGGGAAUUAUAUGUCUGAAGGCUGUGCAACAUGGCAUUUCCAUGUUUCAGUGGAACGAUCUCCGAAAGAUGUGGAGUACGUGAAACCACGUGAAAAGCGACAACUAAACAGAAAAAAAUCUCACAGAGUAUAUGCUCUGGAUUGUGAAAUGUGUUAUACGACGGGAGGCUUGGAAGUAGCUAAAAUAGGUAUAGUGGGCAUCGAUGGCUUAACAGUGUAUGAAUCCUUUGUCCUACCGAAGCAUCAGAUAUUGGAUUACAACACUGUUUACAGUGGUAUAACGGCCAAUGACCUGAAAGGUGUGUCUACGACAUUGGUUGAUGUCCAAACAUUCCUGUUGAAAUUGCUUAACAAGGACAGCAUUCUUGUGGGUCAUGGCCUCGAGAAUGAUUUAAAAGCCCUGAGCCUCAUACACCACAAAGUUGUGGAUACUUCAGUAGUCUUCCCACACAAAUAUGGCAAUAGAUAUAAAAGAUCGUUAAAGUCUCUGGCGUUAGAAUAUUUAAACAAAUCUAUUCAAGACAGUACUAAUGGCCAUGAUUGUAUCGAGGAUGCAAGAACUUGCAUGGAACUGAUGUUAUGGAAAAUUAAUGGAGAUAAAUCUAACAGUGAAGCCAUCACUGAUGAAAACAAAAACUCCUUUCUACAAAAUGUGCACUAUACCCAAGAGCAGUCUUGGGUAGACUAUGAAUCAAAAUGUGCAUGGUGUUUUGUAGGCUAUGAAGCAAAUCAUGUAUGUAUGACACCCUAUCCAGCAGGUUUUCAGAAGAGUAACGUGGACUAUCAGGCAGAUUUUCCCGUUAGCUUUUUUAGUCCAAGCUAUUUUAUUUAUCCACCUAAUGCAAAAAAUUCGAGGACAAUAUGUGCAUAAUUUUUUUACUAUGAAAUGCUAUGCAUUUUUUCUAAGUCAGUUUUUUAGGUAAGAAAAUGUUGUAAAAUUAAUUUUGUACAGUUUUUUUCUUGUAUAAUUUAUGUUGUCUAUCAUCAAAUUGUUUGCCACAGAAUUUGCAGUUUUCUAAGCAAAUUCUUCUUUUUAGAAUUCAUCAUGUUUUGUAGGGCAAUUUCAUUGUCAUUUACUUGUAAAUAUCAUGAAUUUUUAAUAAACUUUUUAUAAUUUUA